UUAUUCAGUCCUAGAUUAAUUUUACCAUUUCCAAAUUUAUCGUCCGGCUCGUGUCCGUCAACCAAAUUACGAAAGUCGCACGUUAAAACCGAAACAAAAUUUCUAGAUGUGUAUUAAGUGUUAUUGUUCCAUUAUCACUCCCUGUAAUCGGUCAUUCACUUUUAUUUAAAAAUAGAAAUAAGAAACAUUGUUUUGUGAUGGUUCUUCGCACAGUUCUCAAAUUACCAUAGGUACAACAAGUGCAUUCGCCAAACGUUUCAACCACCGGCACCGUGCCCACCAUCCACCGGUCAGUUUUCCACGGAACUUUUCCGACGCAAUGCCGGCCGAGAUCUUCGGUCUUAUAUUAUUUGGCGGUGAAUAACCCCGAGUUCAAUGCCUUUUCGCCGCGCCUCUCAACACAAACCGCUUCAUAUUAAACGGGUUUUUACUAAUCAAACAUCUUGCAUUCGAUGUACUAAACGCUUGCCUAAAAAAAAAAUCGACGUUUUAGCCCAAAUUCGAUGUACCAGCGGCUACGUCGACUCAUCAUCGAUCCGAAAUUCCGAAAAAAUUCCGAUGAUUUAACGUUGUUGUGUGUAUGUGUGUGUGUGUGUAGCCGGUCGGUCCGUGAACGUCCUUGUAAUGCUUCGAAGUUCGGGUGAAGUUUUGUAAAUGCUCGGGAAAAAAAAGGUCAAUGAACCGCCGAAGAUGACUUCUGUACAUUGUUAAAUUUACCGAUGACCCGUCGUCUUAUCUCGACGCCUCUCCUCGCAUGUCGCCACCGCGGAUUUUUUAACGAAUUUUCACUGGUUCGAAAUGGCACGAUCACAGAUUUUCGCUUGAUCGCAAACGCGACCCGCUUAAUAAAAGUAUCAGAUAAACAAGCAAUUAAUCGAGUUUAAUUAACGCUCUGUGAUUGUAUAUAAAACUACGAAACUAGUGUAAAGUACGUGUCAUUGACCUCUAAUCGACGUGAUCGAUUAACCGACCACCUUAAUUAAGUUAUCGCACCCGAAUUAAUUCGUGCGGCCCGACAAAUAAAAUCGCCACCUUCGUUUCCGAUUCACCCGAAUCUUAAGGCGAAAAAUCGGCCGUUCGAUCGGAAAUCACUUCGAAAAUUUUCGGCCGGUGUCAACGACCCCGCGGGUUCAUCGACAAUUUGGCAAAUGCAUGAUUUUUUCUAUUUAUAUUUUAUUCCUGUUUAUUUGGCUCGUCUAUAUUUUAAAAAUGGUUAAUUAAUCAAUAUUUUCCGUUGGUUGUAUGUACGGCGGGCCGUUCGCAAGUAAAUCUGGCGUGUCGUGUCGUUGACCUUUUCCAGGCGUUAACAAAUUGUGUAAACGACACAAUCGUUCCGUAUUGUUUUCGGCGUACCCGCAACGCGAGUUAACCCGUUCGCAAUAAAAUAGCCGUAGAAUAAAUCGGCGUCGACUCGACCACAGAGGUGUCCCGAUCUUGACCCCCGCCGGGGGCGGCGGUGGUGGUGGUUGAGUCGACCGGACCGAUGAAGGCACGCCACUUCGUACUCUCCCAAGUUUUAGGUACCCUAACAUGGAAAUCGAUGUGUUCGAAACGAACUCACGGCUGAGAUCGUGCGUCACGUGAACCACCUUCGGUGGCUGUGUUUGUUGUGUGAGCACCCGAAACUUUUAAGAGACCGUUUUCCAUCGUUCCAUCGCUUUUUUGUUUUUUUUUUUUUUUUGGUUUCUAAAUUCGCUUUAUUUCCGUCCCCGUUUUCGGCCAUGCGCCAAACCGCACCGGAAGGGGCGAGAAAAAGUGACCGAACGUUUUUUGUGUUGCGCGUAAAAUGGACUCGUUUCAUGAGUUGUUCACCGGGGAUAAUUGGUCGCACGGGGACGGCAGGGACGUGAGACAGGACAACAUAUCGUCGGUUGAUUCGUCGACGCCGCCGCCACUGCACCAAUUGGACGACAAAGAUGAUAGGAAAAGUGCCAAUUCCAUUAGAGCACAAAUCGAAAUAAUCCCGUGUAAAGUGUGUGGCGACAAAAGCAGCGGCGUCCACUAUGGGGUCAUCACGUGCGAGGGCUGCAAGGGAUUCUUCAGGCGGUCGCAAAGUUCAGUGGUAAAUUAUCAGUGUCCGAGGAACAAAAACUGUGUAGUGGACAGAGUUAAUAGGAACAGAUGUCAGUAUUGUCGACUGCAGAAAUGUCUGCGGCUCGGAAUGAGUCGGGAUGCCGUGAAGUUCGGUCGGAUGUCGAAGAAGCAGCGGGAGAAGGUGGAGGAUGAGGUCAGGUUCCACAGGGCACAAUUAAGGGCACAGAGCGACGCCGCGCCCGACAGCUCGGUGUUCGAACAACAAACGCCUUCGAGUAGUGACCAAUUACAUCAUAGUUAUAAUGGAGGCUACACCUACAACAGCGACGUCGGAACGUACACUCCCGCAUCGUACUACACGGGUACCACGCAGGUGCAGGCGAACUCGAUGGGCUACGACAUCUCGGCCGACUACGUGGACAGCACCACCGCAUACGACCCACGACCGGGUCUGGAACUCGGCGACACCGGCAGCCUGAUGGCCAACGUCGUCACAACAGAUCCGAGUCAGAUAUCCGAGCUGCUGUCGAAGACAAUAUCGGACGCACACUCCCGCACCUGUCUGUAUCAGCUGGAGCACAUACACGAGAUGUUCCGCAAGCCGCACGACUUGUCGCGGCUGCUCUUCUACAAGAACAUGGCGCACGAGGAGCUGUGGCUCGAGUGCGCGCAAAAACUCACCACGAUCAUCCAGCAGAUCAUCGAGUUCGCUAAAAUGGUACCUGGAUUCAUGAAACUGUCGCAGGACGAUCAGAUCGUGCUGCUCAAGGCCGGCAGCUUCGAACUCGCCAUUAUCAGGAUGUCGCGGUAUCUGGACUUGUCGCAAAACUGUGUCCUCUAUGGUGAUACGAUGCUGCCUCAAGACGCCUUCUUCACAUCGGACACAGCCGAAAUGAAGUUGGUGACGUGCGUCUUUGAAAUGGCGAAGAGCAUAGCCGAACUCAAACUUACCGAAACAGAGCUGGCGCUUUACUCAGCCUGCGUCCUCUUAUCUCCAGAUCGACCUGGUUUGAAAGGCUUGGGAGAAAUAGGACGACUGAGCCAAGCGGUACUGAGAGCACUGAGACUAGAACUAGAAAGAAACCACAACCUCCCCAUCAAGGGAGAUGUAACUGUAUGUGAUGCCUUGCUUACAAAAAUACCUACAUUAAGAGAAAUAAGUAUGCUUCACAUGGAUGCGUUAGGCAAACUCAAGCGGUCCGCUCCACAUCUAGAGUUUCCCGCACUGCAUAAGGAGUUAUUUAGCGUGGACAGUUGAAAACUUUCCCAACUCUCCUGAUCUGUAGCAGCAGCCUUGUGUAGCUACUAUUCCUUCAUACUGAAUGUAUCGGCCUUAAUUACAUAAAUAAUAUAAAAUUAAACUAUAAUUUCGUUAUUAUAAAAUAAAAUUUAUUGUUGUGACAUAGAAAUUUAAAGAGAAAUCGCAGAUCUCCUAAGUAUUGACUUUUAAAAAACUGCAAAAGCUUUAGAGCCAGGCCCUGAUUUCAAAGUACAACUAUUUGUUUGUUGUUUGUUAUAUCUAUGCAGCGUGUUAAAAAAUGGUUCUGAAUCCAAGGUGCUGAUUUUUUGUUUGGAGUAUAAUUUUUGCGGUUUUUUAAAUAAGAAUAUUUAUCAUCUUAUCUGCCACUUAAAAUAACACGCUACUACACAUAAGAUUAAAGUUAUACACUAUUGAUAUAUAAUAUAUGGACACUGCGUCAAAGAAUGUCGGACAUUUACAAUUAUUUUAGGGCUGAAUCCACCACUUCCGUGGACAUACAUAUUGUGCGUAAAAAAAUAUGCAAUCGAUAUAAAUAGUGAUUUUGUUUAAAUGAUAAAUGAGAUCUCCAAUUGAUUAUGGCUAAAGUGAAUUUGUAUGUCCAUACGAUAAAAAAGAUGUUCAGCUUUAAAAGAAAACGACUAGUUAGACUGCGUUAAAAUACGUAUGUAUACAGAAAUAUUAUAUGAAUCACUUUAGUUUUUAGAAUCAUAGCAAACAUACAAUACAAUAUAGAAGACUGUAAUGCUUAUACUGUAAGUUUUCGUUGUUCUUUGGCGUGGUGCUUUUUAGUUAAGUUUUACUUGGUGACACAUGGUUUUAUAAAAAUAUAUAUAAAGAGAUGUAUAUGUAUAAAGUAUAUGAAAUAGAAUAUAGAAUAUUUAUGAAAUAGAACUAUAUCUGACUCUGAUUUGCUCUUUGUUUUGUUGUGGAUCUGAGCAAAAGUAUUUUUGUUCUCUCCAAAGGAAAACAAAAUUUACAAUCGUGAUAAACAGGAAAUUCAUUUUCAAACUUAAAAAGAUUCGAAAAUCAUUACCUUUUUCAGAAAUUACAUAAACAUAUUUUUAUCAGAAUUUGAUUCGAGCUGCUAUACUUUUUUCCACUUUAUAAAAGUUACAAAUCGCUAGAUUAACCAAAGACGAUUUUUAUACAUUGAAUUUCCUCUUUCAAUAGCUGCACGUAAAAUUAAUUAAAAUCAUGUUGAAUGUCCUAUUUGAUCCCGUAGAUCCUUAAUCUACCUCUUGUAACAGUUAUAUUGUAUGGAAUAGACACUAAGAUAAAAAACCUACAAAAUAAUUUUGCAAUAAUCAUUAGUUUAAUAGUUUGUGCUUGAUAGGAAAAACAAAUACAUGGAAAUUAGUUUAUAUCUCUGUAGCUUAGAUUUUGUAACGGUUGAUUUCAACUCUAUCGACAAUCCAAUCGACCUUUAUACAGAUUUUAUCUAGUUAUCGGUUACAUAAGUGCAAUACAGUUCUUAUUUCACGUGUUGGUAUUCCGAAGUCGUCGUACGAUCAUACGUUUAAAGCACUGGGAAUUUGCAUAAUUUUCCAGAGAAAAAUAUUAGACUGAGUAAAAAAGUGGCUUAAAAUUUUUAACGGUGUAAUCUUAGAUGGUUGUAGUAGGAAAUGUAAUUCGACAAGCGGGAUAACGUGUGAAAUGGACGAGUACCAAUGACUGAAAUAGAAUAACCAAUUUAAAUUGUUUCACUGUUUAUGUAAUUUCUUUCUCAAAAUGCCAGGAUACAUAGUUCUAAUUUUAAGUUAGUUUUAAAAGUGCUUGUCAAUGUUAACCAUUGUCAACGGAUAUAAUUGUUUAUAUUGUAGUGUUUCAACCCAGUGUUAUAAAACUAUUUAUAUUUGUUGUAGCAUAAAAAAUUAACAUCACGUUUAUUUUUUAUUGAAAAAUAUAUAUUAUGUUUAUUAUAUUAUUGAAUAAUUUUGUAUAGAGAUUUUAUAUAUUAUUUGUUAGGUUUUAAGGGCAAAGUUAUUGACAAUGGUUAACAUUUAUUUUAUUUUGAGAGGCUAUUAGUUAUAUUUGUGUUUAGCGGGCCUCGCAAUUUAGUUCGUCAAACGUUACUAAAUUCAUUGUUGUGCUAUACGCACCUAUAACUUUUUAUGAUAUGUAAUUUGCCUUUUUAUGUUAACUUUUUGUUAAAUAAAUAUACACCUCCUUUUUA